GGUACCCUCUUUAAGCGAAACCAUGUGGAUAAUGCAAACGACCCUGUGAUGACAUCGUUGGGCUGCUUCAAACAUCAAUGCAACAGCGUCGCAAUCGCGACCAUUGUACUUCUGCUGACGAUGAUGAUUGAUGUACGAGAGCAGACGAUGCUGACGGAGCAUCCACCAACCACGGAGGAUCUACAAUAUUCUAAACAAAUCACCUCAAACAGUAGAAUCCAAUCUCCGACAAUGUCAUCGUCGGCAGCGACAACACCGUCCCCUCAGUCGAGUCCCGUGCCGGCGACAACUACCUUCUGGUUGGAGCCGUCUACGUCAUCAGCGACUCUGCCGGUGACACCGUUACAUAUGGCAGCACUGCCAUUGCCGUCAUCGUUGACAGUGCCGGCUGAGAGUCUAAUCCGAGAUGUGACAUCGGCAGUAACGGACACGUCGACACGUCCAGAAGGGACGGCCGUGCUGGGAGCGGAUGCGGGACCGGUGGAAACAACGCACACAGCUCCAUCCGGUGCACGAUACAGCUCUACCGGAACGCUACUGGGUGGUGUCUCCAGCGAUGCAGCGUCUACGGCCGUACAAUACGACGGCAGCAGUGCAAACAACAAAUACACAACUUUUCGACCAUUACUAAUACCUACCUUACCCGACGUGCGGCGUAGUCGAAUUGUCCAUUCGAUGCCUUAUCAAACCAAGCAUCAUCACGAACGUCAUUGGGGUCCUUUUUUCGAGGAACCGGUCAACGUGACUUCCGGGGCGGCCUUGCAGGUUGGAUAUCAUUUAUCAACGGAGGCUAUCCUCAACUGUAGGGUAGGCAUGCUAAAAGAUAAAACGGUGAUGUGGAUACGGCGAACCACCGAUAAGGUGUCGUUACUCACCGUGGGCAAUAAUACGUACAGCGGGGACCCGAGGAUAAAGGUCAAAUUUCAAUAUCCCAAUAAUUGGAGGCUACAUAUCAACCCGAUCAAAUCCGACGAUGCUGGACUGUACAUGUGCCAGGUGUCGACGCAUCCUCCGCGAGUGUUUGCAACGAAUCUCACUGUCUUGGAACCAGCCGUAAAAAUAGUGGACGAAAUGGGCUACGAGUUCUUCGACCGUUACUACAAAUUGGGCAGCACGAUCGAGAUAUCUUGCCUAGUGUCGACGUCGUAUCUGGCGAGUCUUCCGCCCAGUUCCAAGUCCGUCGCCCAACAGCAACGCUCGAGGACUUCCGUUGGCGUUCAGGCGAACGCGUUGGACGAGAUGUCGAAACAAGGCACCAAAACCACCAACGACGAUAGCAAACUGUUGGAUUCGACGGAAAGAGGGUUGAUUAGCUGGACCAAGGAUGGCGCCGAGUUGCCGAAGGACGUCAAGAUGAGUUUUAGCGGCACCAAGCAGUGGCUCAUCAGCCGGAUAUCGAUUCUGCAGGCAAAUCGUGUCCACAAUGGCGUCUACAACUGUACCGUUGCCGGCAAGCAGAGUCGGUCGGCUCAGGUGCAGGUUCUGAACGGUGAAACUCCGGCCGCUGUUCAGCAUAAUUUUGGGCAUCGCAAGGAGACAUUUGUGCUGUUCGGUAUCCGUUCCGCAAUGGUGGCAAUAAGCUGGUGCGCACUGCUAAAACUGAGCUGGUGGCAGCUGUACUGUUAAUUGUGCUAUUCGUCAAACUGUCUUGGAGGGACGAUUCCAGGGAAAGAAACAUCAGAAAGUAGAUUCAUACUCCUGCAACACACAGCACAGUUAAUUUCGGGUUAUCGGAAGGAGUAUGUGAUUGCCAACGAUGUUCCCACUAACUACGACAGGGUGAGAAUUCUUCUCGCUUGACAAACGCACUUGGAAUCGUAUCGAAAAGUUCAUUAUUCUGUGUAGGAAAGCGUGUAUCGAUCGCAACGGUAUGAAGAUUCACGUACACAGGGAACCAUUCUCUGAAUGUGUCUGUAUUCAGAUCUGGCAUGGAUUGUAUGGCAAGGUUUCUUCAAACGAAUUCAAAAGUCAAACUCAUUUGAGUUCUUCGCCGGUUGAGAGAAACGUUCAAAUAAAACAUAAAAAAAUCAAAAUAAACACAUGUACAUACAAUAAGUUACUAGGUAAAGCACAUCUUGUUAUUAAAUUGUAUAAAGGCUCAUUGCGUGUUUGGUUUUUACUACUCUGCAGUCAUAGUAUUGAACAUUUAUAGGCUCUACUUCUCUAUUUUACACAUUUGUUUACUGAUCGUGAUAUAAAUUUUACGACACUUGAUGUGAGUGAUUGUUGAAGUCGUUAUUUUUAUAAGCAAUCCAUGUGUAUGCCGGAAGACGACGAAUUUUCUUCAUACAAUUAGUUAAAGCCAAAACUAACCGCGACGGUUUAUAUUGUAACUGAUAGCUGUUCAUGCGUAAGGUAACGAAUACACGUGUAUCCUGAUUGUUUAAGAGGAAAAAGACUAAGUUACGAAAAGCCAACCAUUUGCGUAAAUUAGCUAAAACAAAACAAAACAAAAAACAACCCGAUUGCUCACUGGCGAAACCGAUCCGCGAACGAUGCAAAACAGCAGCAAGAAACAUGUAUUACUACGUCAAAUCAAUUGCAAAUAUACAAAAACAAAAACAUGUCUUACACAACACACAGCAGAAUCAAACAAAACUCAAGUCACGAAAACUUUGCUUUCCGCGUAUUCGGGAAGAUACAUUGUAUGCUACACCUAUACCAACCAGACAGAAAAAGUAUUAAGGAUAAACUAAACUUGAAGUAUUCCACUAAACAGUAAAAGAGCGAGGGAGGCAGCGGGUGUGAUGGAAUGCAAAAAAAAAUAUAUACCACCAGAGAAAUGGGACGUCUCUGGCGAA